AUGGACGAGGAGAUCGACUUUCUCCUGCUCGGCCCUUUCGCAGAAAUUGUCGAAAAGGCUCAGGCUGCUCUCGACACUGCCCAGGAUGUCGACAACCAGGACAUGGCCAAGGCGGCACAAGCGCUGCUCAAAGAAGGCGAGCGGGCCCGCAAGGCCCUCGAGCCCAUUGCGAAGCGGAAUCUGACGCUCUAUGGCGAGAACUUUGUCACGGCCCUGAGAGAUCAUGAUGGCGUUGCCGAGCACAUUGACGCCCUCAACAGCCUCGUGUACGUCUUUGACGAUUAUACCGAGCCAGACAGCUUCGACGCGGACAAGUUCAAGGAGCUCGGCAAGACGGCGCAGCAGACGACGCUGCGGAUCACGCCGAUCCUGCGGCGGAUGAAGCUCGAGGCACCGGCAGCGGCAGCAGCAGUCGUGGCACCCGGCGCCUCGACACCUUCGACGCCGCUUGUCCCCCAGUCAUCGCCCUUUUUCAACGCCGGCGUCUCGCGCGUCAACAGUCUCGGCGGCUACAGCGCAACCAGUUACUCCGGCGCACGCAGUCCCGGACCGGACGACGCCUUGGACCUGAGCGAGGGGAGUGGUGCACCGGGUGUCGUUGUUCCCAGCAUGCAACGGUAUGACACGGUUGUGCACGUGCCCGCGGAUGCAGUGCCUCUGCCACAACAGCGCGAGGACGCACCACCGGUCAUGGGCACCCAGGGCGGGCCGGACAUGGGGUGGAACAACGGGCAGCCGCAGCAAGCACAAAACCCAAAAGGUGGCGCGUCUCCCGCGCUCUCAAGGCACUCAAUCGCGAGCCCGACCAUGUUGCCCUCCAUCCCCGAGCCAGCUCCACCGUCUCCCCCACCACCACCAUCCCUUCCCGAGCCUCCACCGCCCGUUCCAGGUGUCAACCCCUGGCAGAUUGGCGAGCGGCCCUCGGUGGACACAAUUGCUGAAGGACAAGAGGGCGAGGAGCAGAGCAAUGGUGGCGUGGGCGAGGGUUCCGGCCCUGACCAGACGGAGGACGGAGAGGUGCCGGAACGGCGGCGGCGCAUCUCGACACGGCCCGACUCGCCCACACUACCGUCACCAAAGGCAGCCACGGCCCCACAGGUGUCCAGCUUUAUAGUCCCACCACCACCGCCACCAACAUCUUCCUUCCCGCUGCCCAGUUCACCGCAGCAAUAUCCUCGCCGUCUCGACGACGGUGUAGACGCUUGGCAGCAGCAGAUGGCGCAGGGCUCCGACCCGUCGCCCCGUACCAUGCCAGUGCGGCCAGAGCAGCUGUCUUCACCGCCCGUAAAUGUGCCGGUCAUGUCUGCGACGUGGUCGCUGCCGUCACAACAGCCGGCAUCCGGGCAAAACUAUGUCUUUUCGCAGCAACAGCAACAGCAACAGCAACAGCAAGCGCGGCAGUCUCUAACCGGCCCGACAUCGGCGGCAUCUGGCUAUGUCUCGCCCCGGCAGUCCCAGAUCAGCAACACGACGGCUUCGACGGCCAGCUCAACCAACGGGUCUGUGUUCAGCUUCGACUCGUACCUCAACGGACUCAGCAACCAGCUGCGCGACUCGUCUCUAGACCCAAUCAGCCCCGUGGCGGGACCGGCCACCGCGGUGGCUGCAAGCCCCAACUCGCCAGCCAGUCCGCAGCCGCAGCUCUUGGCAUCCUUUGCGUCUGGAUCCCAACAGCAACAGCCACAGCAGCCACAGCAGCCACUGCAGCCACUGCAGUCGGAGAUGCGGCCACCACCAAUACCGUUGAACGUGCCGCAAGCGCAACUCGAUGAGCAGCCGGGCCUGGAGCCAAUUCAUCCGGUUGUCGACAUUGACCAGGGCUUGAUCCCAGUCGAGAGCUCGAACAGCGAAGAUCUUGCCGGCGGUGCAAACGAGGAGCGUGUCGUACAACGCCGGACGGCGGACUGCAAAAUUGGCCCUGGCAGCUCGUACCAUCUUCUCAAGGGCUUCUGUGAAGGUGCCAGGGAAGUGCAGCGCGGCCAUGCCGGUGUGCGGCAGAUUAAGAAGCUGCGUACAGCAAAUGCCAACUACCGUAUGCAUGGCAUCGGCUUCCGCCUGCGGUUCUUGUCGAAAUGCCAUCUCCCGGCCAAGCAGGUGGACGACCCGCUGUACGCGUGCAUCUUUUGUCUACAAGAGGGCCGGACGCUCGAAGAGAGCGACGCCACCGUCUUCUUCACGCAGGGCCAGCUGUUUUCGCAUCUGGCGCGCCACCCGCGGCCGCUGCCCGAGGUGUCGGGGGUCACGGUCAUUGACGGCCCCGAGCGGCCCGAGCCAUACCGCAAUGACUAUGACUUGCACUUUACCACGCCGCCCGUGCCGUCGGAACUCGACGGCAUCCGCCGCGAACUGCUGCAGCUGCCGACCGCCGUGGCCACUGAGACGUUCCGCAAAGCCCACAACGCGCUGCGGCGGCCGUUUGACGGUGCCGUGCCCAUCCAGUUCCCCGUCGGGUCCAAGAUUGUCGGCGUCGAGUUCCCGGCCAAGUACAAGGGCGAGUGGGCCGUGGGGUGGUUCGACAACGUGCGCGGCCCCUUCCCGGUGGAGCACAUCCGGUUGGACCCGCCGCCGCGCAACGAGAUCCGCACGCAAGGCACGAGCGCGCUGCGGGCGACGGCGCGGUGGAAGUGGGCGUCGUCGAGCGCGUACCGGAACUCGGAGUGGCUCAAGCUGGACCGCAACGAGACGGUGACCAACAUCAUCUGGUCGCACCCGGAGCACUGGUGCUGGGCGGGCACGAACGCGCGCGGCAAAUGGGGCUACUUCCCGCAGUCGCACAUUGAGCCCAACUCGCUCAAGGAAGGCCCACCGCAGGGCAGCGAUGCGGCGAGCAUCCUCAGCCAAGAGCGGGGCGGCGGCGGCGGCGGCUUCCUGUCGCGGCUGCGCAGCCACAAUGCCCACAACAACAGUAGCAGCAGUGCCCCGUCGGUCAAGCGGCCGGUCAGCAUUGCGAGCCAGUCGACAUCGUCAACCCGGUGA